AUGUUUGCCACAGCAACCAGGAACUUUGUGGAAGAGGUGGAUCAUGGAGGUUUAUUGAUCCCGGUGUCCAGCCUGAACGACAGUAUCGCUCUUCUGACAGUGGUGGUGAAGCGCAAGCGGUACUGGUUCUGGCAGAAGCCCAGGCAUGUUCCUACUGAUUUUAGCCUUAACGACAUACUGACAGGAGACACACCUAUAACGCCAGUUUUCGUGGAGACAGACUUCAUCAAGUAUAAUGGGACAUAUGGUGACCACAUUCAGGGAUCGCUGGGUGCAAACUUUGUCCACACCAAUCUGAACCUGGAAGCUAAAGACUCUUCCAAACUCCAAUCAUCCUUCGGCAGUUUGAAAAAAGAGGAAGUGGAUGUGCAGAAGCUGCUGCGAGACUCCAAAGGCAGGAUCUUGGACAUGUCCCAUUCCCUGGUCCAGCAGACAAAGGAGAAGCGCAGACAGAUAUUUGGGAUCGUAAAGGAGCGUGUUGUGACCACUCAGCCCUGCUCAGUCAUAGAGGAAGUACAGCAGGGCGGAGAGUGUAAAGGAGUAUUUAGCCUCUGUGGGCGCAAGAGCCCAAAGGUUUCACUCAUGGAGAACGGGAGCCUGAGCAAAGACAGUGAUGUUUCCAUGGAGAUCCCCACUCAUACCACCCUUGCCUAUGCCCUCAUAGAGCUAGAGAUCAAACAGGAUGGACACUACGAGCUGUGUCUGAUGUCAGACACCACAGGGGGCUUUGAAGUAGAUGGCCCCAACAAGAGGCAACUGUUUGGUGGGUCUGGAGCAACUGAAAAUAGCUGCCUUAGAGAAGAACUGGAGCGACUGAGCGAUCAUUUCCAGGUGCUCUCAGCUUUGUCUGACUCCACAAGGUCCUCCCUGCUGCAGCAAAUCACAAAAGUAAUGGAGGACCAGACAGCUGUCUAUGCACUUCAGAAUUUGCUGGACCAGAUGUGUCUGGAAAAGAGUCCUAACGUUGGCGAUGUUACGAUGACAGAGUCUCAAAAACAGAACAUUCAGGCCAUCCUGGGUCUCUUGGAGCAGUCUGAUAACGUGGAGUCAGCUCGGACAGCGCAGUCCACAUCUGUCCUCAGCGCCCUUCACCUCAUUACCAGUGCCUUAGAUGAAAUGACAUAUGAUUGCCUUGCUGCCUUGUCAAUGUGCUGCAGUCCUACAGUGUUAAAGGACCUGGAGCUGUUGGUGCAGUGUGUAUCAGGAAGCGGAGAGAUGCCUCAGAGCAGAGUGGGUCUGACAGAGGAUGCCUAUGUCAGGGCUGAACAUCUGUUUACCUCCUCAAAUGCGUCCCUGAAGAGAGAUGGCGACACAGUGAAGACAGAAAUAAAACACCAGCCAGGACACCUUCCUCUGCUGAUGUGUAUUGCUGUCAGAGGUCUUGCCUCACUGGCCCACUGAUGACACCUUUAUAUCAACCUUAAACUUGAAAUACCACACUGGGAUGAGCUCGAUGGGAUUACUCGAUGCAGUGGCAGAAUUCUACUGUAUGUUGAUGUGGGGUAAAUGCACUAGUCAGUUAAUGCUUUAAUCAUUUAACAGACAACAUCAAUCAGUUUAUAGCUCAAUUCCUCAGUUUUGUAAUGUUGGGUGAAAAAAAUGAUUUUGUAGAUAUCUUUUU